AUGGCUACACUUCCCGAGAAAGAGAAGCCGCUUGACACUACCCGCCUAUCUGAUGCGGAGAAAGACCUCAAAGCUGACAGCAAUGCAAGACUCGCUGGGUUCGAGGACCCGGAUGCUGGCUUAAGUGAGGAGGAAAGGGCAAAAAUCGACCGUAAGCUUCUCUGGACGCUUGAUCUGCGUCUCGUGCCAUGGUUGAGUCUAUUGUACCUGGUCUCCUUCCUUGAUCGAACAAAUAUCGGAAAUGCAAAGCUCGUCGGUCUAGAGGAUGAUCUCAAAUUAACUGGCGCCCAAUACAAUGCCUGUCUUACCAUCUUCUUCGUCUCAUACUCCGUCUUCGAGCCAUUGACCAAUAUCCUGCUCAAACGACUGCGCCCGAGUAUCUUCAUUCCUCUUAUUAUGAUCGCCUGGGGCAUCUGUAUGACAUGCAUGGGCGUGGUGAAGAAUUAUUCCGGCCUCAUGGCUGUCCGGUGGUUCCUUGGUCUCAGUGAGGCAGGCCUAUUCCCUGGUGUGAGCUAUUUCCUUUCAUGCUGGUAUAAGCGUUCUGAAUUCGGCGUGCGGAUGGCUAUUUUCUUUUCUGCUGCUGCACUCGCCGGAUCCUUUGGUGGGCUGUUAGCAGCGGCCAUUGCGAAGAUGGACACGAUCGGUGGUCUGGCGGGGUGGUCGUGGAUCUUUAUUCUGGAGGGUCUGCUGACCAUCCUUAUUGGAAUCGCUUCUUUCUGGCUUAUCCAUGACUUUCCGGAUCAGGCAAAGUUCUUGUCGCCAGAUGAUCGGGCUCGGGUCUUGCGUCGUCUUGCGGCGGAUCAGCAGUCUAGUGCUGAACAUGAAGAGUUCAAGAUGGACUAUUUCUGGGCCAGUUUGAAGGACUGGAAGACAUAUACUGGUGCGAUUAUCUACAUGGGGGCUGAUGGGACGCUUUAUGCGUUUUCCUUGUUUGUUCCGACUAUUAUUAGUGAAUUGGGCUACAGUUCCAUCAAGGCACAGCUGCUUAGUGUACCUCCCUACGCAGCCGCUGCUGUGUUGACUGUGACAGUUGGCUUUAUUGCGGAUCGCACUAAGCAGCGUGGUAUUUGCAAUAUGGCUGUCUCACUGCUGGGAAUGGUGGGAUUUGCUAUUCUGUUAGGCUGUGAGGCUCCCGGUGCACGUUAUGCUGGAUGUUUCCUUGGGGCUAUGGGUAUCUAUCCCGCCAUCGCGAACACGAUUUCGUGGACGAGCAACAAUACAGAAGGUGUUUACAAGCGUGGUGUCUCUCUGGGUUUCAUCAUCGGAUGGGGUAAUCUCAACGGCAUCGUCUCCUCCAAUAUCUACCGUAACGAGGAUAAACCGCGCUACUAUCCGGGCCACGGCACUGUCCUCGCCUACCUGGUUCUAUUUGAGUUCGGCGGAUCGUUGCUGCAGUACAUCCUGCUGAGGCGGGAGAAUGCCAAGCGCCGGCGUGGCGAGCGCGACCACUGGGUCGAGGGACUCAAUCAGAACCAGAUCGAGUUGCUGGGUGAUAAGCGGCCGGACUUUAUAUAUACCAUGUAG